AACUAAAUUUAUGUAUAACUUAGAGUACCCAUCCAGGAUAUCUGGUAGAAAGACGACGGUUGCCUCGUGGCAUUGGUGUUCAGGUUUAGUUCACAAUUUUCGUGUGGGAAAAUACAGCAUAAAAUAGUUUUAGAAUAACCCCGGAAAAAAUUAAGCUUUCUCAGAGCAGUGUAUCGUUUUUUAUUAGAAAACGAGGACCCUUAUUUACUGAAGUCCUAUUUCGAUAAAGGUACUAAGUUUGCCUUAAUUUCAAAAUUUAACUGGAUGGAUUUUUAAAAUUUAAAAGAAAAAUCAAAAGAUGUUGUAUAAAAUAGAAAUGUUUUUUGUUGACUAUUUCUUUGUUGGCAUUUUGCAAAAAAAAACCCUUGGAAUUAAAAAAACAAUAAAUACAUAGAUAAAAAACAAGCCAAACCAAGUAGAAAACAAAAACUUUUUAUGUGUAAAGUGCACCGGUUCAUUUUUUUCUAACAUUUAGCUCAAACUUAAUGUUAAAUAUACAUUAGCCUGCUCCUGAUUUUUUCAUGACACAUCAGAUAUUUUCAUCAUUUUAUAAAGAAAAGCCAUCGGAAAAAAGAAUUCAAAAAAUUAUUUUUUUCUGUGCUUGAUGACUAAGCUCUUUCCGUUCAUCUUGAAAUUUGUUUGGAUCACGGGCAUACCAUAACCAAUUUAUUAUGAUAAUUGGACUGGAACAACUUAAGUCCUCAGGGCUUAUAAUUCUUCUGCUCUUUUACCCAUUAACAUGUCAAAAUCAAAACAAAAGCAGUAAGCCGAGUCAAGAAUUAGUAUCGGUUAAUCAAGUUGGGGAUAUUAUCAUUGGAGGGUUGUUCCCAGUUCAUGAAAAAGGUGAAAGCACACCGUGCGGUCCGAAAAUUUAUAAUCGUGGUGUUCAUCGGCUCGAAGCGAUGCUGUAUGCUGUCGAUCGUGUUAACAACGAUUCAACUCUCUUACCCGGAAUAACAAUUGGCGUUCACAUUUUAGACACUUGCUCACGAGAUACCUACGCUUUGAAUCAAUCCCUACAGUUUGUUCGAAGUUCCUUGAACAACAUGGACACGUCUGCAUUUGAGUGUCAAGAUUUAUCAACUCCUCAGCCACGACGCAAUACAACUGGACCCGUGUUUGGCGUUAUUGGUGGAUCAUAUAGCUCAGUUUCCCUUCAGGUAGCAAAUUUGUUGCGUUUGUUUCACAUUCCACAGAUUUCGCCAGCAUCCACCGCUAAGACACUCAGUGACAAAACAAGAUUUGAUCUUUUUGCACGAACAGUUCCUCCAGAUACAUUUCAAUCAGUUGCCAUGGUUGACAUAAUAAAAUGCUUUAAUUGGUCGUAUGUAUCAACAAUUCAUUCUGAAGGUUCCUAUGGAGAAUAUGGAAUUGAGGCCUUCCACAAAGAAGCUACAGAAAGGAAUGUUUGCAUUGCUGCCGCAGAAAAAGUUCCCUCGGCAGCUGAUGACAAAGUUUUUGAUGCCAUCAUAGCCAAGUUGCUGAAGAAACCCAAUGCCAGAGGUGUUGUGCUUUUUGUACGAGCUGAAGAUGCACGGAGUCUCUUGCAAGCAGCUAAACGGGCUAAUUUAGCUCAACCAUUUCAUUGGAUUGCCAGCGAUGGUUGGGGUAAACAACAAAAAUUGUUGGAUGGCUUAGAAGAUAUUGCCGAGGGUUCAAUUACAGUUGAACUGCAAUCGGAACUGAUUCAAGACUUUGAUGAUUAUAUGGUGUCGUUGUCACCCGAAUCUAACGCCAGAAAUCCUUGGUUUGAGGAAUAUUGGGAAGAUACUUUUGAUUGUGUUUUAGAGAAGAAUUUACCACCGCUGCUAAAGGAUCGUAUUGGCAUUCGUAAAUGUGAUAAAAAUCUUAAACUGUCAGAAAAAUCUGGCUACGAACAGGAAUCAAAAACCCAAUUUGUUGUCGACGCGGUUUACGCUUUUGCUCAUGCUCUGCACCGACUCCAUCAGGAUUUGUGUACAGUAGGUGGCCAAAAUCAAGCACAUAGACAUCACCAUAGUGAAUCUGUUUGGUUACACAAACCUACAACUGGGCAGCAUUCGAUGGCGUGUCCGGAAAUGGUCAAUUAUGAUGGAAAACUUUUCUAUGACAAUUAUUUGCUGAAUGUUUCAUUUAUCGAUCUUGCCGGAAGUGAGGUAAAGUUUGAUAGUCAAGGUGAUGGCCUUGCACGCUAUGACAUCCUUAACUAUCAAAAGUUGGAAAAUUCUACCGGUUUUUAUUACAAGGUCGUAGGCAAAUGGUUCAAUCAAUUGGAAUUAAACUUGCAUGACGUCGUAUGGAAUAAGGAAGUUGAUAUGCCGACUUCGGCUUGUUCACUUCCCUGCGAUGUGGGCAUGAUAAAAAAGCAGCAGGGUGACACGUGUUGUUGGAUUUGUGACAAUUGCGAGAACUUCGAAUAUGUCUACGACGAAUUCACUUGCAAAGACUGUGGACCAGGUUUUUGGCCCUAUCCUGACAAGCUCUCCUGUUAUGCCUUGGACAUUCAAUAUAUGCGGUUGCAUUCUCUUUUUGCCAUUAUUCCAAUGGCAGUUGCUAUUUUUGGAAUUGUAAUGACUCUUAUGGUGAUAAUAUUAUUUGCAAUUAAUCACGAUACGCCGUUGGUCCGAGCAUCAGGUCGGGAGCUCAGCUAUACGCUGCUGAUUGGAAUUUUAGUUUGCUAUUCAAAUACGUUUGCAUUGAUUGCUAAGCCAACAAUUGGUUCAUGUGUUGUACAACGUUUUGGAAUUGGAGUCGGAUUUUCAAUUAUUUAUAGUGCAUUGUUAACUAAGACAAAUCGUAUCUCAAGGAUCUUUCAUUCGGCAUCGAAGUCAGCUCAACGUUUAAAAUACAUAAGUCCUCAGUCCCAAGUUGUUAUAACAAUAACUCUUAUUGCCGUUCAAAUAAUUAUAACCAUGGUCUGGAUGAUUGUGGAACCACCAGGAACACGAUUCUAUUAUCCCGAUCGCACUGAAGUUAUUUUAAAAUGUAAAAUUCAGGAUAUGUCAUUUUUAUUCUCGCAGCUAUACAACAUGAUUCUAAUUACAAUUUGCACUGUUUACGCAAUCAAAACACGUAAGAUUCCAGAAAACUUUAACGAGUCAAAAUUCAUUGGAUUUACUAUGUACACAACUUGCAUCAUUUGGUUGGCGUUCGUUCCUAUUUAUUUCGGAACUGGGAAUUCUUAUGAGAUUCAGAUAACAACAUUGUGCAUAUCGAUAAGUUUGAGUGCAUCGGUGGCUCUCAUUUGUCUUUAUUCGCCUAAGGUCUACAUCUUGGUCUUUCAACCAGACAAAAACAUUCGGAAACUAACUAUGAACAGCACUGUCUACAGAAAAUCUGCUGCUUGCGCUGCGAGUGGAAGUGCAACUGCUGUUGCAUCAAGUAAUCCAGGAGCUGGAGGAGCUGGUGGAAGUGGUAGUGUCAAUGGUUUUCCUGCUGCUUUAGGUGGUGGCUGUGCUGCUGCUAGUCCUCCACCAACACCAGCUUUAACAUGCUUACAAAGUUCCCUUAACAGUGGUGAUGCUGCUGUUGGAGCAAAUCAAGGCCUUGUCUUACAUCAUUUAGCCAACGAGCAGCUGUCCCUUGAAACACGACCAGGACCUAGUGGCUUGGGUCGAAAUUGCAACUGUCAUAAUCGAUUUAAUGAGAAUCAUAAAUGCGGUAAGUGCUAGAGAAGGAAAACACAUCCCACAAGCAUCAAACUUCAAACAAAAACUAACUACCUACUGAAUCCAUUCAAUUUAUUGUUUUCAUGAACUUUUAAAUGUUAACCAAAAACAAUUACGUUGCUGUUAAUUUACUCUUUCCAAACCUACCUAAAAUGAUAAUCUCUUGUGUGAUUAAUGUUAGUGUUACAAAAAAAAUAUUAAAAUUUGAUUGGCUAUAAACAAAAAAACAUUAUGUUUGUAAAUGUAAAUGAGUAGAUACAUACAAAAAAAAGGUUCAAAGUACAAAAUAGCUAUUAUACAUACAUACAAUUAUAUUGUAAAGAAAAAUAUCAUAAAAGGUACGCAAUGGGUCUUCCUGAAAAUCUUUGAAUUGUUUUCUGUUGUUGUUACCAUGCGAGCAAAAAAUUUAAAGGUUACAAAGCUUAUAAAUUCAAUUUAUUUAAUUAAUUUGACUUGAAAAUGAAAAGGUGAUUAACACACCCGAAAGUUGUUUGGCACGCUUAACAAAUAGAAGCAUAUUUUAUAAAGAAAUACAGUUUGCAAUUGCAUUGCAAUGCAUGAUGUACUGCAUUCUGCAUACACAGGGUGAUUCAGGAGGAAUGUGGAGGGCGACCGGGGGGUAGUUUAUUCCCACUCAUUUAGCCGGGAGGGGCAGUUUAAAAAAAAUUGACUUUAUUUGGAAAAAAAAUAUAAAAAAUCAACGGUUACCUACAGUACUUUUUUGAAAUGAAAAAAAACCUCGUUCAUAAAAAUUAAAAUUUUAAAUAAAGCCAUUACAUGGUUUUUACACAAAUUUAUUAUCAAAAUCAAAAUUUUGAAAAAAUGUAAAUAAUACAAUAAAUAUUUGUUUUUAGAUAAAAACAGAAAACCGAAUCCAAAAAUAUAGUGUCGUUAUCGAGAAAUUAACAAAAAACCAAAACUACUUUUUUU